AUGCCCUUCCCGGCCAUCUGGUCCGUAUUCUUCUUCUUCAUGCUCUCCACUGUUGGCAUGGGCUCCCAAUUCGCCAUCGUUGAGACAGUUAUGUCUGGUGUGGAGGAUGAACUUCGACGACUCGGAGUGCUCACUAAGAACUACCUCAAAUAUGCCUUUCGCUGUUCUGUCUCCAUGAUCAAAUUUACUCUCUGCCUCCUCUACCUUCCAAAAUACUGCCACCAACAGGAGAACAAGGGUGGUGUUGAAGUGCAUUUUUCCUUUGAUUAUGGAGUGGGGGGUAAAUUUGGUAACUCAACCUUAUUUGCCCAAAUGAGCACUUUCUGUGUUUUUUUCCGCUGUAGAAUCGGCCUAUGUGCAGUAAGUUGCCUACUUGGAAUACCGAUGGUGUGUCCGGGUGGAUAUUUCCUCCUCUUCCUUAUCGAUUCGGCCAUGUCCGGUUAUCCUCUCAUGUUCAUUGGCGUUGUGGAAAUCAUUAUCAUCUGUUACUCCUAUGGCAAAAAGGAAAAGAGGCUUAUCUCUCAAAUUAUUUAUCAUUUUCAAUUAGGACUCAAGCAAUUCCGUAAGGAUAUUGAACUGAUGAUCAAUGCUCGACCAAACUGGUAUUGGCGAAUCUCUUGGCUCAUAACAACCCCUGGAAUCUCCGUCGCCCUCAUUAUAUUCCUACUAGUAAGUAGCAAUGUACUUCAAUUGGACAACUACAUCUAUCCACAAUGGGCUCAAUCCUUGUAUCAUCUCACAUCUUGCUUCCCUAUCCUCUGCAUUCCGUUUUGGUUUCUGUACAAGUACUGUCGAGAAGGUGGCUGGAUUCUUUUCAAGGAGUUCCUCAAACCGGUGAAUGAAUGGGGUCCGGCACAAGAUGAACAUAGAGCGGAAUUUAUCUCAAUGAUCCGUUCGAGUGACUCCCUGCGUCAUAAUGCCAGUGGUAGUCAAAUGUGCAUCAGCAGUUCGUACAUCCCACCGGGGAUCGGCGAUCCUGAAAAUGGAUUCUCUGGGGGCGACAGUGUUGGUCGCAAAAAACGCGUAAUGAUUGGAAAUAGUAGUGUGGCGUUGGACACAGAGGGCGGAUUCUUCCAAAGCAAACUGAGUGUAGCCGAGAAGCUCACCAUGGCUCAUACCAAGGAACUGGCGAAACGAUCAGGAGUUGAUCUUAACCAAUUUGAUACUGACGGCCUUACGGCCAGUCAAUUAGCUCUUGCAGCAAUGACCGCUGCAAAAGAGGUUCAGCCUUAUUCUGUAGCCUACGAAGGCGAAAGGAUGGCUGGUCGUUUCUCCACCACUGACGCGCCAACCAUCAACUUUGACCGAAAGACUUCCAACACACCCCCCUCUGUCCAUGGGGUUGACUCGAGAUCAUCUCCUCCAGCCUCCGUUUCUGGUAGCGGUGAUGUCAAAAAGGACGAUAGUGACGAGUCAUCCACAGCCACCACUCAAAGUGCUCAAGAAAACUCGCAGCAACGGCGGUGGCAGCAACAGCAGCAGCGCCAACAAGAGAAAAAUGAAGUGGAUAAGAACGUGGAGUAA